CCGAACGUUGCGUUUGCGUUUCGAGUUUCAACAACAUCAUAACCUCAACGUUCUCAACUUCAAACAUUUUAUAUUUUAUUUAACUCAAAUAACUAUAAAUUGCAUUGUAAAUUCUUUUUUUUUUCCCUUUUUGGAACCGCUUUCUAUAUUACAUAGAAACGUACCUUUUGAAGAAAACUAAUAUAAAAGAAUGGAAACAAUUUUGGAACAGCAAAGACGCUACCAUGAAGAAAAGGAACGGCUCGUUGAUGCCAUGGUCAAAGAAAAUCUACAUAAAAAGAAUUCUUAUAGAGAACAAAUAAACUCUGAUCAAAGAUUAAAAUAUCUACUGGAUAGAUAUGUAAUGUCAACCAAUAAACUUAUUGACCUAUAUGACGACAAAGAUGGCCAAAGAAAAGCUGAAGUUGCUUCUCUUACAGGCCCGAAUGAAUUCAAUGAAUUUUAUAGCAGGUUGAAACAAAUUAAGGAUUUUUAUAGGAGACAUCCAAAUGAGAUCAGUGUGCCAAUGUCUGUGGAGUUUGACGAGUUAGCAAAGGCAAGAGAAAAUCCUACUGAGGAAAUGUCAAAUUUGGUGGAAUUUACUGAUGAAGAAGGAUAUGGAAAGUUUCUGGACUUGCACGAAUGCUAUGAAAAAUACAUCAACUUAAAAGGCAUAGAAAAAGUUGAUUACAUCAGUUACCUGAGUAUGUUUGAUCAGCUCUACGACAUACCCAAAGAAAGAAAAACAGGCGAAUACCGAAAAUACUUAAAUUGUCUCAUAGAAUAUCUAUGUUGGUUUAUCCAAAGAAUAAAACCUUUAUUGCAUUUGGACAUUCUUUUAGAUGACGAAGCUAGAAAGGCUGCUAUAGAAUGGGAAACGGAUUCUUGUCCUGGAUGGCCAAAAGAAGCAGGGUCUGCUUUGGCUAAUGUUGGAGCUCAUUUAGACUUGUCUGCAUUUUCUAGUUGGGAAGAAUUAGCUUCACUCGGACUAGAUAGAUUGAAAUCUGCUUUGAUGGCGCUGGGGCUCAAAUGUGGAGGGACUUUAGAAGAAAGAGCACAAAGACUGUUUUCAACUAAAGGUCAAAGCUCACUGGAUCCUGCCUUAAUGACUAAAACAACUAAAGGAAAGGCAAGCAAAGAAAAAGAAUUGUUGAGACAAAGAGAUUUGGCUAUGAUGGAAGCUCAAAUUUACAAACUUUCUGAGAUAGUUAGUGACCAACGAGUAGCAACUAAAGAAAACGUCCAACGGAAACAAGCCAGAACCGAUGGCGAAAGGGAUGACAGUGAAAAUGAGGAAUCUGAAGACGAAAGUGGUGAUGAAAAUGACGAUGAUGUACCAUAUAAUCCCAAAAAUUUACCCCUGGGAUGGGACGGAAAACCUAUUCCUUAUUGGUUAUAUAAACUACACGGCCUGAACAUCAGCUACAACUGCGAAAUUUGUGGUAAUUUUGUUUACAAAGGCCCCAAAGCAUUCCAAAGACAUUUUGCCGAAUGGAGACAUGCUCAUGGUAUGAGAUGUUUGGGUAUACCCAACACAGCUCAUUUUGCCAAUGUGACACAAAUUGAGGAUGCCUUAGCAUUGUGGGAAAAGCUAAAGGUUCAGAAACAGAGCGAACGUUGGCAGCCAGAAACUGAAGAAGAAUAUGAAGAUUCUCAGGGUAAUGUAGUGAACAGGAAAACGUAUGAGGAUUUGAAAAGACAAGGGCUACUUUAGGCUGAUGUUUGUAUUUUUUUUUGUGUGAGUAAUUAUUAAUGAUUUAUCUUAAAACUAGUUAAGUAUAAUUUUUUUAACUAUUUUCCUAAAUUAUAGUUAUACAAUAAUUAAAUAAAAUUAAGAAUUUAAUAGAAAUACAUAUUUAUUUGCCACAUCCUCCUCCUCCGCACUUGCUCCUUUUAGGUGGCCUAUAAUUGGAGGAAGUUCCAGGUUCCAUGAGAGGAUUAUAUUCUAGUAAAAAGUUGUCAAAUUUAGUUGAUGAAUUACUACACUAGCUUAGCUGGAUUUUACCUGGUCUCAAGGAUUUGGGUUUUUGGUUGUUGUCUUUUUUAUCAUCUCCUCCCAGCCUGUUUCCGCCUUCAUUCAAUAGGUUUUGGACUUCUUGUCUUUUACGUUCUUCCCUCUAAAAACAAAAGAUUUUGAUGUUUUUGGGAAAUGUAACUUAAGGUAAGGUGGGGUAAGUGCGACCAGAAAUUUCAAUAGUGUCAGUUCAAUGUUGAAUGUAAUAUCAAAAUUUUAUUUAUGCAAAUUGAACUUUCUAUUCUUGA